AUGGAGGAGGUGGAGAGUGAGUCGGGGGUGGUGGGGACUUGUAGUAGUAGGGAGGGGGAGGAGACAUUUUUGGAGGAGGAGGUGAUGUGUAGUGGUAUGGAGGUGGUGGGGACUUCUUUGGAGGAGGAGGUGAAGAGUAGUGGUAUGGGGGUGGUGGAGACUUCUUUGGAGGAGGUGGGGAUGUGUAGUGAUAUGGUGGAGGGGGAGACUUCUUUGGAGGAGGAGGAGAUGAGUAGUGGUAUGGAGGUGGUGGAGACUUCUUCGGAGGAGGUGGGGAUGUGUAGUGAUAUGGUGGAGGGGGAGACUUCUUUGGAGGAGGAGGAGAUGAGUAGUGGUAUGGUGGUGGUGGAGACUUCUUUGGAGGAGGUGGGGAUGUGUAGUGAUAUGGUGGAGGGGGAGACUUCUUUGGAGGAGGAGGAGAUGAGUAGUGGUAAGGAGGUGGUGGAGACUUCUUUGGAGGAGGUGGGGAUGUGUAGUGAUAUGGUGGAGGGGGAGACUUCUUUGGAGGAGGAGGAGAUGAGUAGUGGUAUGGUGGUGGUGGAGACUUCUUUGGAGGUGGUGGAGAUGAGUAGUGGUAUGGGGGUGGAGGUGAGGGAGAUGGUGGUGGUGGAGAUUUCACUGGUGGAGGUGGUGAUUUGUAGUAAUAAGGCUCAUUAG